CCACUCUCUCCCUCUCUACCUUAAACGUACCACAAAAACCCUAUCGAUUCAAAAAUUCGUAAGGGUACGAUCGAAAAAUCUUUUGGGAUAUUACGGCGCUAUCAAGAAUGGAUAAGCAGCGUAAGUCGAAGAAUCCCAAGACCAAUGCCACCAUUUUCGCCUCUUCUUCUGAAGAAGUGAGCAGUCUUGAGUGGGAAGAAAUAGCAAUGACCCAAGAAGAAGAGGAUUUGAUCUGCAGAAUGUAUAAGCUUGUCGGUGAAAGGUGGGACUUAAUAGCUGGGAGGGUUCCGGGAAGAACAGCAGACGAGAUAGAGAGGUUUUGGGUGAUGAAGAAUCAUCGAAGAUCUCAAUUACGUUGAUUGAGAACUCUGUAUCAAUUUUUUUUUUUAUUUAAUAAUAAAAACGAAAUACAUACAUAUAUCCUCUCUAUUCGUUUGGUAUUUCUCUGCAGUUUUGUUCGUGUGUUUUCAAGUUGUAUCUCUGGAUUUCAUAUUUGUAUUUCUAAGCUAUAAUAUCUUAAUACUCUAUAAACAAA